AUGGUUCGACAAGCCAAGGCUGCGUAUAACGCUGGUUUACAGAUGAACCAAAACACCGUGCUCUUCUCACUCCUGUCGUCGAAUUUGCCGGCCGAGGAGAAGACAGAAGAGCGGCUGUCCGGCGAGGCGAACGUCUUCCUUGCCGCUGGAACGGAAACAACGGCGACGGCGCUCAGUCUCUGCACGUACCAUCUCCUUAAGAACCCGGAAAUCGUGGCAAAGACGAGAGCUGAGCUGUUCGCGGUGGUGAAGAACCCGGAAGCGCUGCCUGACUGGUUCGUUCUUGAACGGUUGCCGUACCUGACCGCUGUCAUCAAAGAGACGCUCCGACUGAUGUACGGGCUCUCGUCGAGGUUGCCCAGAAUCGCACCCGAUGAGGAUGUGCUGUAUCAGGGCACGUGGACUCCUCCUGCGAUGACACAAGCAGUGAGCGUCAGACACGUGAUCCCCCGAGGGUAUGCCAUGGGCAUGUCGGCCUAUCUGGUACACACGGAUGAACGUCUGUUUCCGAACCCAGCCAAGUUCGCUCCUGAGCGAUGGCUUCUCAGAGACGGGAGGAAAGACAGGCGUCUUGAGCGGUAUCUCCUCACUUUUUCGAGGGGCAGCCGACAGUGUCUCGGUAUGCAGUACGUUUUUGCCAUCCCGUCUGUGGUUACCCAGUUCAUGCACCCAGCUGACCACAGGGCUUUCGACAGGCUAGCAUACUGCGAACUGUAUAUCGCUGUCGCGGCGCUGAUUCUGAGAGCCAUGGAUAACAUGAGGCUGUUCGACACAACAGAUGCCGACGUCGUGUAUGACUUCGAUCUCGCCCUGGGAAUGCCCAAGAGGGGCGGUAAGGGGAUUCGGGUCAACAUGAGCUGA